UCCACUUUUGCCAACCAACUCGGACCGGCUUCUCUUCAGGUCAUCGGUGGGAUUUCAGCCAUGUCGGUAGCUGCGACACAACAUGAUUUAGAGCAGCCUGCUACAGGUCCGGUGGGCACCGACUCUGAAGCUUUUGAACGGCAGGCUCUUGAGCAACUUACGGACAUCUCUCCAUCUUCUCCUGUCCCCGUAAUAGCCGUAGAUUUGGACGAUGUACUGGCCCAGACGAACCAUGUUGUUGCAGAGUGGCACAAUCAGGUUUACGGAACUAGAAUGGAUCUUUCCCAUUUUUACUACUAUUACUACUGGAAGAAUCCGUUUUGGGGCACACCCAAGCAAACGUUCGACAAAGUAAAGGCAUUCUAUCAGACUCCCCGGAUCUUCCAGGCCGAUCCAGUGCCGGGUGCUCGAGAGGGCACCCUGUCCCUAAAGGAUAUGGGAUUCAAGUUGAUUAUCGUGACCGCCCGCGCGCCUGACACGGCCGACGAAAGCUGGAUGUGGGUCAAUAAGCAUUUUCCGGGUGUAUUCGACAGUAUCAUCUGUACAGGUCAGUUCAAGGAUGUUCAUAAAACUGGCCAUGAGGUUGUCACUAAGCUCAGCAAGGCUCAAGUCUGUGCUGACUUAAACGCUCGUAUUCUGAUUGAUGAUUCAUCGGAGAAUGCCCUUCAAUGCGCCACAGCGAUACCUAUUGCGACGCGUGUUUUGUUGUUCGGAGACUAUGAGUGGAACAAGAGAGUAUCUGGACCUGGAGAUGCUUCUGAUGAUAUGUCGUUCGACAUACGUCUAAAAGCUCUGGUAGGGAAAGAAUUCUGGAAAGAAGAAACUGUGGAUAUACCCGAAGGUGCUCCUCUUGAACGGGUGAAAGACUGGUCAGAAGUGGUCAGAUGGGUUAAGAUACACAUGGAUACCCUGCAGUAGAGAGAAGAUGUGAGAAUACACUUGUCUGUUCUGUCUCUUCUCCAAAUAUGAUGUGCAAUGUAUACCAGAGAGGGUUGGAGUUAGAAGCUGGCAAGGUUUUAUUAGCCAGCCUAUAGCUACUUAAAUACAAGUGAUAUGGUAAUAACUAAGCUGUACAAAGUCUAGGAAAUGCAUAGCUGGUUACUGCUGUACAUAUGACGACAUUUCCACUUCUAGUAGCUA